UCACUAUUGACAAAAUGUUGUGUACCUCCCCAAGGAGUAAAUAUUACGCCUUUCCUCUCUUGUGAAGCUCAAUAAAUACACUUAUCUUCAUCCCUUGGUCUCUCUCUAUCUCUCCAUCUCUCUUUCCUGUUUACAACACCGCCUUGGUAACAGCUCAAAGGGGCCGGGGGCUCUCUCUUUCAAGUGUCUAUGUGAUCAUGGGAAUUCAGAAGCCUGCAUGGUUGGAUGCCCUUUACACUGAGAAGUUCUUCGCCGGCUGCUCAUUCCACGAAACUGCGAAAAAGAACGAAAAAAACGUCUGCUGUUUGGAUUGUUGCAUCAGUAUAUGCCCCCAUUGUCUUCCCUCCCAUCGAUUCCACAGGCUCCUUCAAAUUCGCCGUUACGUUUACCAUGACGUUGUCCGAUUGGAAGAUCUUCAGAAGCUCAUCGACUGCUCCAACGUUCAGGCAUAUACCAUCAAUAGUGCCAAAGUAGUGUUCAUCAAGAAAAGACCUCAAAAUCGGCAAUUCAAGGGUUCUGGAAACUACUGCACAUCGUGUGAUAGAAGUCUUCAAGAGCCAUAUAUCCAUUGCUCUCUCGGUUGCAAGGUGGAUUACGUGCUUAAAUUCAAGAAAGACCUCUCUCCUUACUUGAAAACAUGCAACUCCCUUCAACUGAGUCCUGACUUCUUAGUUCCACUUUCCGAUAUGGGAGACGAGGAGAUGACCAGCGAUCAGACCAACCCCAAUUCCACAAUUCUGGACCUCGAUGACCCGAUGAGCUCGUCAUCAUCAGAGUCGUGGGGGUCUGAGACCAUGGGCAUGAGCUUGCACAUGACAUACAUGCAUCAUGAGGUCGUCAGAAAGAAGAGAAGCGGGCUUAAUUACGCGUCAAUAUGUGGAAGGUCAACUCAUAAAGCUUCCGACGAGGACAUGGCCACAAACAUGAUCAGUAGAAGAAAACGCAUUCCUCAUAGAUCUCCAUUGUGUUAGCAUAAUCAACAAAAAAUUUAAUAAACCUCAAUAUUACAAUUUUCCGUUUAAUUGACUGAAUUGAACCCUUCAAAUGCUUUGAUUAAUUAAAUAAUUACAUUAG